AGGUUUGUAGGAAUUGUAAGUGUCCCAGAGAGGAUCAUGGUGGCGCAAUGACGUCUGCCAGCAUGGCGGAAACUGAACGUAUCGCCCAUAAGAUGGCGCUGCCCUUUGGCAGUAAUAAUGAUGCACAACAACGUCAUUCUCAAUCCGAUGACGACAGCGGUUGUGCACUAGAGGAAUAUACCUGGGUACCCCCAGGUUUAAAACCAGAACAGGUACACCUGUAUUUUUCUGCCUUACCAGAAGAUAAAGUCCCAUACGUCAACAGUGUUGGAGAGAAAUAUCGAAUCAAGCAGCUCUUACAUCAGUUGCCGCCACACGACAACGAAGUCCGCUACUGUAAUGGUCUCAGCGAUGAGGAAAAAAGGGAGCUUCGUUUAUUCUCGGCACAGCGGAAACGAGAGGCAUUAGGGAGGGGCACUAUACGUCAACUUCCGGUUACCCUUCAGUCAUCAAUGACUUGUGUAAAUUGUGAAGAAGCGAUAGGAGGCGGAGACAUUUGUGUUUUUGCUUCUCGUGCUGGACCAAACACUUGCUGGCAUCCCGCGUGCUUUGUAUGCUCGGUCUGUGGGGAACUGCUCGUCGACUUGAUCUAUUUCCACAGGGAAAACAAACUGUACUGUGGUCGCCACCACGCGGAGAGUCUGAAGCCGAGAUGUGCAGCUUGUGAUGAGAUUGUUUUUGCUGACGAAUGUACAGAAGCAGAAGGAAGAGCUUGGCACAUGAAACACUUCUGUUGUUUCGAGUGUGAUCGCCAACUAGGGGGUCAGAGAUACAUCAUGAGAGAAGGGAAGCCAUAUUGUCUCCACUGUUUUGAUGCUAUGUUUGCUGAGUACUGCGACACGUGCGGAGAACCAAUAGGAGUUGACCAAGGACAAAUGUCACAUGAGGGUCAGCACUGGCACGCCACAGAAACGUGCUUUCGCUGUUAUACUUGUCAUGUGCCACUACUGGGGCGUCCAUUUCUUCCUCGCCGUGGUCUCAUCUAUUGCUCUGUUCCUUGUAGUAAAGGCGAACUACCAACGCCUAAAUCAAGUUCAAGAGAAAGCCCAGUGACAUCAUCUCGUGAGCAAAGUGUGAAACAAAGUCCGAGCCAGAGCCCUUCCUUAAGCCGCAAGUCUGGAACCUUUUCUCUUCCAUACCAGGACAGUAUCUCGGAUCAUAGCUCUCUUCGCUCGGAGCAAACUGAAAAGGUAGAAAACAUUUGGAGAGCUCAAACAAAUGCUGCCGGAGAAAUCAGUAUCGUGGAGGAAAUAAGCAGUAGCAGCCCCCGAGGGUGCAGCACUAUGUAUGGAACGAGUAGUGGUAAUGGCCGAACUAGGGAACCGCUGAAUCUAUCGGACUUUACACUAGACGCCCUGAUGGCAAAUGCUGAGGUGUUUGUGGAGGUGGUUCAAGAAAUCCAACAUCGUCAACAGAGACGACAGUUAUCUGUGGUCCAGAAACAUCAACAACGUCUCUCUGGGGCCCACUUCUCUAUGCCAGAUCUCACGCGAGACGCCAGUACAUCGGCGCAGGAGACACCACCACUGACUCCGCCAACAGUGCGUGAUGUAUCAGAAAAAUGUAGUCAGGUGAAAGAGAAAUCUCCAGAACUAUAUUCUGGAGGUCGAGUUAGUUCCAAUAGUGGAUCUUCCUCUAGACAAUUAUGUGUCCAUUUUGACCCUGAAAUUAUUAAAGAUCGACCUCCUAGCGGCGGUACAGACUCCAAUGCCGGAGCCAGGUCGCGACAUACCAGUUGUCGAGCUGAACCUGGAAGUGAUUCUAGUUCUUCAUCCAGUCUGGAGACUCCGCCAUCAUCCCAUAAAGUUCCUGCGAAAGCUCUGCCCUCUAGUGGCAGGCCUGCCAAACAUUCGUCUUCCCGCGGUGCCAUUCCUCGCAGUAGAAGUUACGGGGGUCACCCUUCUUCGGGGGAAAGCUUUCGAGACGAUUUAAAUCACAGUGCAAGAAAGCUCUCCCAUUCACAAACCCCGGGAGGUAUAUCUAACGCACACGACAGGGGAAUUGAGAGUAAAGUUGUGGAUAAGUUUCUUAAUUCGCGAAUUGUUAAACAAGACGAUGAAGACUGUUGCAGCACAUGUUCAAGUUCAAGUUCUGACGACUACCCCUACGAACUACCACCGAGAAGAGCUUACGGGGGCGUAAGGAUUUCCUACGUCAGCAAUGAUGCCCUUGCUGUGGCUCGUCAGAGAACUCGUACUCUUCCCUUAACUAGAGCAUCGAAUGAUGACAGAAAAAAAGAGCAAAAUAAAAAUUGUAUUCUUUCGUGACAUUAUACAUCUAUCUUCGAUAUAUCCAAGCCUUCCUCCAAAGCUUGUGGCUCUGUAUGUCAUACAGCUAUAUGCAACAUUGAGUUUCUCCGUUUCUUUUAGUUGCACACAAGUUAUAGGAUUCUUUUUUCGAAUAUUUUACAAAGUUGUUUGUGAAAUCAAUACUGAAAACUGUUUGAAGUUUUAUUUUUAAAAAAGUAUUAAAAGUUGUGUUAUUGGAUAGACAGUAAUAAUAAUAAUAGUUUUUACCAAAAUGCGAUGAAAAUACAAAGUUUUCAAUGUUAUGUACACACGUGAUAAACAAAAUUUUAAGACAUUAUUUCAACAUUAGUGACAGAUAAGUGACAUUGCAAUGUUAAAUGUUAUUUCCAGUGCCAAAUUUUUGAGGUAUUGCUUUUCAAUAUAUAUAUAUAUAUAUAUCAAUGAAGUACUGUUACAGUAAUACUACAUCAGAUUGUAUGAAUUUGGAUUGGCGAACGCUGUCUUGAUAUAACUUAACCACAACGUUCAUUUUUCAUUGACAAGAAUAGUUUAAUCCAGAUUUCGAACAGUUACUCGUACCGGGCUUGUAAAUCAUUCAGAUUCUACUGGUCAUUUUUGUCUUAGUUUCCGCUCUAUGCAAUAGCGGUGUGUUUCACUAAAAAAGUACUGUAGUCCAUUACAAAUCAAUAAUAAAAACAUUGUCUUCCGAGUAAAUACAAUUAAUUGUAUUACACGCCUUUCAUUAUUUUUUUCUUGAUCAUCUCUGGUUUUCACAUAUUAUUCUGAUGCCUGACUUACAUAUGUUUCCAUUUGUAUCUCUAAGGUAAAGUGUCAAAUAUUACCAUUUUUACCAUUUAUCAAUUAGCCAUUGUGAUUUACUUUGACUUGAAAUGACACAAUGAACUGACUGUGUUAACAAUAAAACUUAAAAUACCUAUAAAAAAAAUUAGGUAUAUUGCUUGAGUGAAGUUGUAACUUUACAGAAUGUAACCUAAAUUUUCAUAAAAUGUAACACGAUUUGCACGAUAUCGGUAAAAACAUCGUAAAUUUGUUUCAUUUUUGAUUUUCUUACGAACAAUGAAUGAAGUGAUUUAUUGAAGACCAUACCAUGGAAAUCGCUUGGUGCGAAAUAUUAAUUUGUAAACGACUGAAUAAACCCCUACUUUCUGGGAUAUAGAUCAUGUUACAAGUAUUUGACAUUUCGUUUUUCAAUUAUUAUUGUUCUGUUAUCUAAAGCAGCUUAUAUGUUUUCUUCUUUUUAAAUAAAAUUUGAAAAAAAAAAGAAAAAUUCAAAUCAAAUAAUUAUAACUCUAAAGAUUAGUUUUAGUGCCUUUUGUGGGCACAUUGAAAUUUUGUUGAGUCAGUAAAAGAGAAUGAAGCUUGUAAGAAUUUAUUUAUUUCUUAAAUGCCAUUAACCACAUUAAAAAUAUACAACAUAACUAGUGUUGUAAUUACCAGAAACAAAUUUUUUAUACAAAAUACUUAAAUUGGGCUUCUCAGAUAUACACUUAUUGUUACAAAGUUUAAUACUAUUAGUAAAGAAUAUUGUGCGGGUUAUCCAAAUAGCUGUUUAAUCGUUCUAAAUCAAAGUAACAAGCCCAAAGAUUGAUCAGUGAAAUUUUACACCAUUUUGUAUUAGACGAGGUUUAAUAGAUGUUGGGUAUAAUACUCCUCCUCUGUGGUCUCUUCUAGUGUAUGAUGAAUUCAAACUGUGUGUGUUGCGUUAGAGCAAUGUAUGUUGAAUUAGAUUUUGUACAAAAUUCAGAUUUAUACCUUAGAAGUUAUAGAUCAUUAACUAUUA